AUGAGCUCAGCCAGCGCCCGCAACACUCCUCUUGUCCCGCAAGGUACCGGCGACACGCAAUACAAUGUCCGCGAUGCAGCCCUACGUGGCGCGUCAUCGGCCUUCUCGAAGCCGCCCGUAAAGCCAAAACCCCUCGUAAACACGUACACAGGCGGGGGCAAUGGGGCUCUCCUCGCAGCUACCAAAGUAGGCACAGGUGGAACGCCGCGGAACACGACGCCUUCGGGCACUACGACACCGUUGAGGAGGGACUGGACGGGCGGGAGUACAAGGAGUACUGCUAGACCCUAUGCCUCGCCCAGGCAACCGCUGAGCAAAUCCAGCAGUUCCAGUACUCUGGCAGUCCCUGAAGAGACUCCCUUCGAACUCGUGCCGUCUCCCUCGAACAUAGCCGCGAAGCUGGCCGCCGCGCGAUACAGUCCAAUGAAACCCAUCCCUCAACGACCGUUAACACCCAUCAUGACCGACCGUGAAGCGAAUGGGCGGGAUGCGCUACCCCCGCUCGGGGGCGUAGGGAAUGUGCUGGCGAGGCUGGAUUCGAGACAGCAAAACGUACCCAAAGUGAGGAGAGACGAGGCUACGAUCGAUCCAAUUGCUAUUGCACGAGCAAAGCACGCAGGCUUAGACAGACCCACUGAUGACUCGCCGAUUCCACCGACAAGCUCGUUGGUGAACAUGUUCGAGAAAAACCGGCAGGUCUCUCAGAGGUCGUCAACUCCUGUAAAAUCACCCAAGCCUCAGCGCGCUUUCAGGUUACCGCCUGAACCGAAGGAUGGCGAACCUCUGGAGAGACAACGGACCAAGACACCGCCUGCUGUGAAACCGAAGCCAAAGCCGUUGUCUGAUCUGCCGCAUUCCACUGACGGGGUCGUCGAGAAUACAAACUUCAAGAAUAUGCGGAAAGACACUUUUGGUUCACUUCCUUUAAUGCAGCAAAAUCCAGAGACAGUAGCCGACAAAUCAACGAAGGUCGUCCGCCCUAGGCCACCACCAAAGACCCUUUCUCCACAUGCCCAUUCAAGGUUUGAGGACAUGGCAGGACCUGUCUCAAAUCAUAGCAGAAGACUGUCUUCGUCUUUGAGCCACCACGAGAGUCCCUCAUCUCCGUCUUCUUUCGUAUCUGCUCGGGAAACCCAGGAAGAGAAAUUCAAGCCCAAGCCGACCUUACCGCCACCACGACGCUCGGCAAGGCCACCGCAGGAGAUAAAACGACCGAGCACUGCUACGCCACUGUCUAUUCCUUCGCCUACACGCGCUCGUGCUUCAUCGAAACCUACUGCUCCGAUUCCUCCACCCACACAGACUACCCCUCCUAGAAGAGCUUCAGUAUCUGGAGCAUCCACCCCGACCGGCACGUUCUACCACUCGAACUAUCAACGCGAGUCCGCAAGAUCCAUCACGAAGCAUAUGACAGGCGAAAGUCUCUCCAGUGCCAUCAUGGGAGCCGCUUUGGCUUCUUCUAGAAAUGCCUCACCAGCCCCCCGACCCUCCUCUAUGCACCUUUCCGGAAGUCCUUCGCUGACCGCGACACCGCCGCUGCCAGUACGCAAACAUCAUCACUUCAGUCAUUCACCCUUUGGCCGCUCUCCAUCACCACCGAAACCUAAGCCGCCACCGAGCCGCAAGCUGAGAACAACAAUGCGAGAAGAUCCGUCCUCAUCAUCGGAUGAAGAAGAAAGCGAAAGAUACAAGCGCAAGGGCACGCGAAUCAUGGGAAUGGGCCGCAAGCACCCAAACAAACAUCACGAGGGCACUCGCAAACGCUGGCGCGAUCAAAUCACCGAGCGUGAACGCAAGCGUUACGAGGGCGUUUGGGCAGCCAACAAAGGUCUCUUCAUCACCACGUCGCCUUCGCCGGCAGGAUCUCGCGCCUCAUCUCGCGCUCCUCAUGCUAGUUCAGAGGAGGAUCCAUCACUUGACGUGCUAAAUCUGGUUGUUAAAGACAUCUGGAGCAGAAGUCGCCUUCCUGAGCACGUCCUCGAAGAGGUGUGGGACUUGGUGGAUAGUAGGGCCAUUGGAAGGCUAAAGAGGGAAGAGUUUGUGGUGGGCAUGUGGCUGAUCGAUCAGAGACUGAAGGGGAGAAAACUCCCUAUCAAGGUCAGUGACAGCGUAUGGCAAAGUGUGAGGGGCACGGGCGUGAAGGUGAAAGUUGGCGACCGACAUUCUCACAAGGUGCACAAACCGCACGUGAAGAACCCGUUGGACGUCAAGGAAAUCGUGCGAUGA